CUUCCUGCGCGGCGGGGCCGGACCGGGCCGGGUUAGGAGGCAGGAAAUGGCGGCGGUGCUGCAGCAGCAGCUGCCGGGCCCUCCCGCUCCGCAGUGCCGGGCCCAGGCCGCCUAGAGCCGCCGCGCCAGCGCCGGGCCCGGGCCGCAGCCACGCCGGGCCGGACUCCGAGCACUUUACAUACAUGAGAGAAUUGGAAGCUAAAGCUACCAAAGAAGUCGAAAGAAAACUAAGCAGGGCUUUCCUGCCUCAUUUAUGUGGAACUGAGAGAAGGGAUUUAGUGCAAGAAGAGGAAGAACAGUUGAUGGAAGAAAGGAAAAAGAGAAAAGAAGACAAGAAGAAGAAGGAAGCUGCUCAAAAAAAGGCCAUUGAACAAAAAAUCAAAGUGCCAGAACAAACAAAGACAAGUGUAAGCCAGCCUCAGCCUGUCACCUCUAACGGCACUUCCACAGUAACCAGCACUAAUAAUAAUGCCAAGCGGGCCACAGCCAACAGUCAGCAGCAGCAGACCUUGCCUCGAUACCCUCCUCGUGAAGUACCACCGCGAUUUCGACACCAGGAACAGAAACAGCUUCUGAAACGAGGUCAGCAGUUACCAGUUAUAGCUGCAAACCUGGGAUCUACUCCUAAAGUAUUAAACGGCCAGUCAGGAGGCAGCACUGUCACAAAUAAACAGCCAGAGACCAACGGAGAAGUGCCGAACAGCAGCAAAAAACAGCCAGAUCUGAACCACAGUGGUCUAGGAUCCCAUUAUGAAAAUUCUCACUGGGGACCAGUCUCUUCAAAUAGUGACUCCAGCACAAACUGGGAUAAAGUUAUUGUAGACGGCUCUGACAAAGAAGCAUGGCCAUCAAUCACUGGCAGUGACCCAGAGCUGACAUCAGAAUGUAUGGACACUGACUCUGCCUCUAGCUCUGGGUCAGAGAGAAACCUCGUUAUAAUGGCUUCAGGGAGCACAGGUGGUGAAAAUGAUGGCAUUCGAAAUGGCAUUGGACAUGGUUCUCAAAAUAAGUUUGUGGUUGGUAGCAACAGCAAUAAUGUGGGCAAUGGAAGUAUUAAUGGGCCAUGGGGUUUAUCCCAUGGAACCAUAAUAAGCACAUGUCAAGUUUCUGUGGAUGCUCCUGACAGCAAAUCUGAAAGUAGCAACAAUAGAAUGAAUGCUUGGGGCACCAUAAACUCUUCAUCAAAUGGAGGGUUAAAUCCAAGCACUUUGAAUUCGAAUGGCAACCAUGGUGCCUGGCCUGUAUUGGAGAACAAUGGACAUGCCCUGAAAGGGUCUGUAGGGAGCGGUAAUCCUGGCACAAGUAUUCAGUGCAGUACCAUAGGUCAGAUAUCUAACAGUCAGAGUAUUAACUCUAAAGUGGGUGGUUCAGCCCAUGGUUCCUGGGGAAGCCUUCAGGAAAAUUGUGAUUCUGAAGUAAAUGGUACAAGGAAGGUUUCAUUCAGUGGGCAACCUCAAAACCUUAACACUGAAAUGAAUGGACCAAAUAACACUACUAACUUUAUGACCUCUAGUUUACCAAACUCUGCUGGUUCAGUGCAGAUUAACGAACUGCCUAAUAAUACAGGGCAUGGGGCCUGGCGCGUGAGCACAAUGAAUCAUUCUCAGAUUCAGGCCUCUCCAGUUACAAACGGCACUUCCAUUUCUCAUCUUAGCAAUGGUGAGACAAAAAACGGUGGAUCUUAUGGUACUACAUGGGGUGCCUAUGGUUCUAAUUACUCUGGAGACAAAUGUUCAGGCCCAAACAGCCAAGCUAAUGGUGACACUGUGAAUGCAACUCUAAUGCAGCCAGGCAUUAGCGGGCCUGGCAGCACUAACUUUCAAAUCAACGGGAAUAAAGGAGGAGGGGUGUGGGAGGCAGGGACGGUCAACUCCCAGAAUAUGCCGUGGGGAAGUGGAAAUGGUGCGAGUGCUGGCGGGAGUAGAAGAGGAUGGGGCAACCCGGCACAAAACACUGGCACUAACAUUUCAAAUGGAGAAUGGAGUAAACUGCCUAGUAAUCAGCAUUCCAAUGAAGGCGUGAAUGGAAACAGCAGGAAGUUUACAAACGGAUGGAAAUCUACUGAGGAGGAUGACCUUAACAGCCAGAGUUCUGCUCCUUCUCAGAUAACUGAGCAGAACAGCGCAUGGGCCAAAACAGGUACGGGGGACAGCGAAGGUAGUUCGGAGAGCACUGGAUGCCACGAAGACAGAGUAACUACAGAAGGACAGAAUCGAGAGAGAAGGAAAGUUGACCAGCAUGCAUUACUCCAAAGUAUAGUGAACAGAACUGACUUAGAUCCACGUGUCCUUUCCAACUCUGGCUGGGGACAGACUCCAAUCAAACAGAACACUGCCUGGGACACCGAAACGUCUCCAAGGGGUGAAAGAAAAACUGACAAUGGGACAGAGGCCUGGGGAGGCUCUGUGACACAGACUUCCAGCUCAGGGGGGUGUGUGGAUAGACCUAGCCCUAAUAAUAACGAUACCUCAUCUGUAUCAGGGUGGGGAGAUCCAAAGUC